CUAGGAGGUUCAACCAGCGUCCAGCGACCAGUCCCUGUGCCGUGUCGUGUGUAGUUAGUUUUCCGCCCAACCCCAGUGUGUCCCCCGGAACUCCUUUUCGAAGCUCAACCGUGUGAUCUAAAUAAAAAUGAAGCCAUUUUUAAUUGCCGCCGCUCUGCUGGUCUCGACGGUGUCCGCCACCUGGCACGGAGCCGUCUCCACACAGUACCAGCACCUGGACCCGCACAGCCACACCUACUCCUACGGAUACGCCGAUCCCAACUCACAGAAGCACGAGUCGCGCGGCCAUGACGGCACCACGCACGGCUCCUACUCCUACGUGGACGGCCAUGGUCACGUGCAGUCGGUGUCCUACACCGCCGAUCCGCACCACGGUUUCAAUGCCGUGGGCACCAACCUCCCGCAGGCUCCUCACGCCGCUCCCGUCUACGCCGCUGCUCACUCCCAUGGCGCCUAUGUGCCUUAUGCCCAUGCCCACGGACCCAUCCACAUCCCGGUGCUGACCCACGGUGGAGUGCCCGUUGACACUCCCGAAGUCCAGCACGCCAAGGCCGCCCAUGCCGCUGCCCAUGCCGCUGCCGCCCACAACGCCGGUGGUCAUCACCUGUACAAGCGCUCGAUCUACGGCGGAGGCUGGGCCUACGGACAGGCUGCCCAUGUGCCGCUGACACAUGGCGGUGUGCCCGUUGACACUCCCGACGUGCAGGCCGCCAAGGCGGAGCACUAUGCCGCCCACGCCAAGGCCCUGGGUCAUGUGGCCCAUGCCCACGGUGCUCCCGUUGAGACUCCAGAGGUGCAGCACGCCAAGGCCGCUCACUUCGCGGCCCACGCCGCCGCCCGUUCUGGCCACGCCAUUGCUCCUAUUGCCCACGGUGGCUACCACGUGCCCGUGAUCCAUAACGGAGUGCCCGUCGAUACUCCCGAAGUGCAGCACGCCAAGGCCGCCCACUACGCUGCCGUGUCGCAGGCUUCCGCGCACAGCGGAGCAUCCCACGGAUCCUGGGACGAUGGUCACUACGACGGACGCUGGGAGCAGGGUCACAGCAGCCACAACAGCUACGCCACCGGCUACGCGCAUAAGGGCCCCAUCCACAUCCCGGUGAUCCACAACGGAGUGCCCGUGGAGCCCGCAGAGGUGCAGCACGCCCGCGCCGCGCAUCUGAACGCCCUGGCCGCCGCCAGUCAUGGUGGUGCCGGACACGGAGGUUACUACGGCGGAAACGGUCACGAGGAUGACGGCCAGUACCAUGCGCACUACGACCACUACUAAGUCGACGACGGAUCGGAACGGGAGGGAACGAGGUUUAACUUUCGAUCGACGACGAGCAUCUCUAUACACUCUAUGCCUAACCGACUACCGAAGCCAUCGCGGCGUAUACGUAACCAUGCGCGACUUGAAGCAGCAUUCCCGACUAUCUCUCCUCCUGUCCCCAUUCUAUAUCUUUCUAUCUUUCACUCUCUACACACACCGCACGGAAAACUGAAGCAACUACACACGGGAGAUUGAGGCUGUUGGAAAGACAACGGCCUCCUUGCCUGCUGAGUUUCGAUCGAUUGGCACCCGAGGGUCCUAUCCACUCACCUCUCUUUGUACUGGCCUGUCUCUUGCCUCUUUUCUGCUGCCACCUUCUUUUCCCCCCUCUUUUCUUCUGUUACUUCGAUUGAGAAACGCUGUACGAGUAUGUUGUAAAUAACUGUUGUAAUCUUUAUGUAUCUGACCAGAUAUGAAUCUAUAUUUUAUAUGAAACUGCAAACAGACAAAUAAACUGCA